AUGUCGGAGUCAGAGCUCGGCCGGAAGUGGGACCGGUGUUUGGCGGACGCCGUCGUGAAGAUAGGUACUGGCUUUGGAUUAGGACUUGUUUUCUCACUUACCCUAUUUAAAAGAAGAAUGUGGCCAUUAGCCUUUGGCUCUGGAAUGGGAUUGGGAAUGGCCUACUCCAAUUGUCAGCAUGAUUUCCAGGCUCCGUACCUUCUUCAUGGAAAAUAUGUCAAAGAGCAGAAGCAGUGA